AUGGAGGUUAUAUUUCAUAGGGGAAGUAUGUUCAGGGAUAUGAUCAUCAAAAAUACAAUACCACUACUGGAACAAAAGAAAGGGGUUGUUCCAAUUGAAGUAGAUGCCUAUGAGUUGAAGAGCCAGGCAUCUGCAUCUAUUCCACAGUUCAUCAAAGUAAAAGUUGAAACUGAAACUGAUGUUGGUGAGUUAGGGAACCAACUUGUAGAAGUGGAUGUUGGUUUAGAUGAUGAUGGUGAUGAUGAGGCAUAUGAAUUUGAAGAUGAUAAGGCAGAUAAUGAGGCACCUGAAUUUGAAGAUGAUGAUAGUGGGGAAGAGGCUGCUGAAGAGAAUAGUGAGCCAGACAUUGAGUUGAUUGACUUUGAGUUUGAGCAGUCAGAUGAAGAAGUGUUCAAGAGAGUCUUGGAAGAGGAUGACAACUUAUUUGAUAAACAUGUCGUUGAUGAAGAAAAUGAAGAAUACAAUGAAGAACCUGGUGAGGUUAACAGUGAAGACUACAAUACCGAGGAACUUGUAAGUCUUAAUGAAGAAUAUGAGGAUGAAGGUGUGAGAAAUCGUAGACUUAUAAGAAAAGCUCCUAGGUUUAAGCAGUUUAUAAGAGAAUAUGAUUUGUUGAAGCCAACAUUUCAUUUGGGAAUGGAAUUUCCCAACAUGGACCAGUGUAGGGAAGCAAUAAAGUAUUAUGCAGUUUCAAGUGCAAGGCCAUUGAAAUGGGUGAGGAAUGAUUCAUAUAGGCUGUUUAAGAAGUUUGAUGAGGAGUUAAAAGAUAAUCCCAAAAUGAAAGUGACAUAUUUGAUAAAGACUGUAAGGAAACAUUAUGACAUAGAUGUAACUGGGGCUCAAGUUUAUAAAGCCAAGAGUUUUGCAAAAGUCAAAAUUCAAGGUAGUACUAAAGAGCAAUAUGGAAAAUUGUGGGAUUAUUGUGAGGAGUUAAAGAGAAUUAACCCUGGAAGUUCUCACCCAAGGCAAAUUCUAAGUGCAGUUAAGGUUGAUGAAAAUAAUGGGAUGUAUCUAAUUGCUUUUGCUAUUGUUGAAGUUGAAAACACAGAGACUUGGAGUUGGUUCUUUGACAUAUUCUUUCAAGAUGUUGGUAUUCAAAAUGACAAUGGGUGUGUUUUCAUUACUAAUAAACAAAAAGGUUUAGGGAAUGUCAUUCAUGCUUUGAUGCCUAAUGCUGAGCACAUGCAUUGUGUGAGGCACUUGCACAAUAAUUUCAAGCUUGCAUGCCAUACUGGUCUAGCUUUGAAGCAAAGGUUGUGGGCAGCAGCUAGGGCAACAACAUUAGCUGUAUUUCAUGUUGAAAUGGAGCAGAUGUUAGAUCAGUCAGAGGCAGCAUAUAAGUGGCUUGAGGAGAGACCAACUGCUCAUUGGAGCAUAUCACACUUUACUAUAGUCCUAAAAAAAUGGGAGUUAAGUGGAAUUCCAUGUGCAUAUGCCUUGGCUAUAAUAACAAAGAGUGAGCACAGACCUCCGGAUUUUGUGCAUACACUUUACAAAAGGGCACCCAUAAUCAAGCCAAUUGUUUAUCACAUCCAACCAGGAAGGCCCAAACUAAGCAGAAAUAAAGAACCUGAUGAAAUACCAAGAGGGGCAAAUGUGGACAAGGAGGGGCAACCUAAAGGUGCUAUAGCAAGAGGCGGUAGGAGAGGAAGUGGAGUUGUGAUGGAAAGAAGUGCUAAGGGAAGAGGAGCUGCAACUAGUAAUUGA